AGUCGUGAAUUUCUUAUAAAACGGUCAAGUCUUCGCGAACACAACAACAUUUUGAGGUUGUUGCUGCCGCAAAAGUUUUUUUUUUUUUCAAUAUUUCGCUCUUCGGUUUUCCUUGCUGCUGUAUUGCGUGUGUAUGUGUUUUUUUUUUUUUUUGAAAAUCUAUAAAAUAUUUAUUAGAUUUUCUUUUAAAUAUUGAAAUUAUCUAUUUCUAAAUUGAAAAUUUAAAUAAAUGUGCAUACAGUGAGUGUUUGUUGUGUCUUGUCAAUUUUAGUGUUUAAAUUGGGGGAGAAAAGCUGCCUUCAAAAUAAAUGAAUGGAUUUAAAUUGAUUUAAGAGUGAUUUAAAAAUAAACCAGAAACAAAAUAAAACAUUUUUUAAAAACAUAUAAAAAAUAAUAAAACAAAACAACAAAUCGAAAACUAUUAAUUUUGUUUGAUUGGGUUGCUGCCAUUAUGCAUUUUUCCAAAUAUUUAAGCUUUUUAACUUUGGCCUGUCUGGCCGUUUUGACAUUUUAUUCUACCCCCUCUAUGGCCUGCUCCUGUAUGCCGGCUCAUCCUCAAACCAGCUAUUGUAAUGCAGAUUAUGUUGUGGUUGUACGUGUCCUGCGCAAAUCUACACGUUUGGUUAAACAUCAAGCCGCCUAUAAAGUGGAAAUAAAAAAAUCCUACAAGAUGACACCCGAAGGUCAUAAAACAUUGAGACAUGGUCGUGUACUUACACCGCUCGAGGACAGUAUGUGUGGUGUUAAUUUGAUAUUGGGCAAAUUGUAUGUUAUAGCCGGUCGGGGAGCUCAAUUGAGUUUAUGUAAUUAUGUCAAAGAGUAUCAGAAAAUGAGCAUUAUAGAGAGAAAAGGAUUCUCGGGUGUUUAUCGUAAGGCAUGUGGUUGUGAGGUUAAAACCUGUUUUGGUAAUAGCUGUUUGGUUCAUACCGAAACCGAUACCGGUUGCAAAUGGUCUCCUAUGGCUAAGUGUGAAACUGAGUUUAGUGCUUGCAUGCCUUCAACAUAUCGUACACCUGAGGGUCCUAUUAGACAAUGUCGUUGGAGAAGAACGCCUUUAUAUGAUGAAUGCAUGUCAAAUCCAUGAUUUCGUUUUUUUUGGGAAUUUACAGUGUCAUAUAUAAUCUAAUACCGUUGUAUUUUGUAAAUUUUGCUCGAAGUUAAUUAUUAAUUUAUGUUUUAGUUGUAAGUUAAAUUAUGUAUAUUUACUGUUAAAAUAGUUUUAAGUUUAAUUAAGUUUUAAGUUGUUUGUUUUAAUCACAGAUUAAUGCCGUUAUUCAUAAAUGUUUAUUAACUAUUUAUAAAUGGUUUAUGGAAGGAACAUAAAAGUGCUUAAGAAACCAUUGUUACCUUUAUGAUUAACGGAUUUGAUAUGUUAUUAUAUAUGAACUAUAUAUAUUAUGCGAUUUUAUCUCUGUUUUAAAAAUAAAGUUUAAAUUUAAAACUUACCAAA